CGCAAAAACGCGCUCCGAACUGGAUAAUACAGCACGAUAGCGAAGCAGAGGCCUUCCAACGCCUCCUCCCUCGCCGCUCUCCCUCCCUUGCACUCUCAUCCCCUCCCUCGUCGCCAUGGCCGUCUCCACCUCCACCUCCACGCUCCCACUCCUCUUCCUCCACCGCUCCACCGCAAGCCCGAACCCCACCGCGCUCUCCUUCGCCUCCUCCCUCCGCGCGUCCCCGCUGCGCUCCCGCGCCUCCGCCGCCCCGCCAGCCGAGACCCUCGCCGACGACCUGCCCUCCGACACGCCUCCGGUUGGUGAGGGGUCGGGAAUUCCGAUGCCGUCGUCGAUUGGGGAGGAUGGGGAGGAGUUACUGUUUGGUGCUACUGCCGGGAAAGAAACUGUUUCAAGGGCACGUGCACAGUCGCACUCGUCCUUCAGUGAUUCCUUCAAUGUAUCUCAAGAGAGGAUAGUGAUAACGAACAGUUCUGGAGAGAAACUCAUUGGUGUUUUGCACGAAGCUGGAUCUAAGGACAUUGUAGUGUUAUGCCAUGGGUUUAGGUCAUCAAAGGAAAGUAGAACCAUAAUGGGUCUUACUGAUGCAUUAACAUCAGAGAAGAUUAGUGUAUUUCAGUUUGAUUUUUCUGGCAACGGAGAAAGUGAAGGUACAUUUCAGUAUGGCAACUACUAUAAAGAGGUGGAUGACUUGCAUGCUGUAAUCCAGCAUUUUAAGGAACACAAGCGUGAUACUCGUGCUAUUGCUGGCCACAGUAAGGGAGGAGAUGUGGUCAUCAUCUAUGCGUCCAUGUAUCAAGAUGUAUCUCGUGUUAUCAACAUAUCGGGCAGAUUUGAUCUGAAACGUGGAAUUGCAGAUCGUCUUGGCAGUGACUAUAUGGAAAGGAUAAAUCAACAUGGUUUCAUUGACGUGGCACAGAAAACAGGACAGUUCAUGUACCGUGUAACCAAAGAAAGUCUGAUGGACCGUCUUAGGAUAGAUAUGCAAAGUGCAUGCAUGUCUAUUGGCCCUAACUGCAGGGUCCUGACAGUUCAUGGUUCUGACGAUGAUGUUGUGCCAUCGGAGGAUGCUCUGGAAUUUCAUAAAUAUAUAGGCAACCACGAAGUGCAUAUUAUUGAAGGAGCUGAUCAUAGAUAUUCAUCUCAUCGGCUUGAGUUGGCUAACAUUGUAUUGAAAUUUGUUACAUCUGGCUGACAAAACGAUGUUGGAACAAAUGUAACCAUGACAAUGCAUGUUUGACCCAAUGUUUUGUGAUUGGCGUUGCCAUCAAUUUCUUUCCGACAUGCUACAAAAUUACCCUAUCAACUUUAGUUCAAGUGUGAAGUGUUCAUGCUUCUGGCA